UGUCUUGGUCGUGGUUGUGUUUCUGGGAGCGGUGUCAGAGGUUCAGGAGUGAUGGACUGAAGCCCUGCAGCUGCUGAGGGAGCAGACAUGGACAAACAGAAAGUGCUGUCCAGGCUGGUCUGGGAUCUGCAGUCCUUCCUGUCUGUUCUGGACUCGGAGAACCUGAGUUACAUCGCUCAGGCUCAGAAGAAAUCCAUAUCAGAGCUGCUGGGCCAGCUGCAGACACAGGACGCCGCCGUGGAGGAUGCAGAGUACAUGAUCAUGAGCUGCCCGUCAUCAUCGUCUCCUAGCAACGAGCUGAGUGACUCACCUGGGACAGAAGGCGUCCGGUCCUCUGAGCUGGUCUCGAAGCAGGACCUGUCUACCUGGCUAAAGAAUGGGGGCCCGGCGGUGCCCCCCCACCCACCAGGCGGGCUGGGAGAUGAUGACGACGAUGAAGACACGUACGAAGAGGCAGAGCCCUUCAUACCCGACACGACUGCCACUAACACUGACAAGGCGGAGUCCGACAGCAGCCACUACGAGUCGUACGGUGAGGAGGAGGACGAGGAGGAGGAAGAUGAGGAGGAGGGGGAGGAGCUUGUGAAGGACCGGGCUCACUACAUCCAAUGGAGCGGCUCGCAGCCCUGCCUAAGGCCCGCCCACGAGUCACGCCUCUGCGGCUACCUGUGGAGGAGGAAGUGGCUCGGCCAGUGGACCAAACAGCUGUUCAUCAUCAGGAACAACAUCCUGCUGUGUUAUAAGUGUGCGCGGGACCUGCUGCCGCAGCUGCAGCUGAACCUGAUUGGCUGCCAGCUGGUCUACAAGCCGAAGAGCAGCAGGAAAGUCCAGCACCAACUGAAGCUGCUGCUGCUGGGCUCCGACACGCUGGUGCUGGGAUACAGCAGCUACCAGCAGGCCGAGGAGUGGAGGAGGGUCAUAGAGGAGGUGAGUGUUGGAGGUGAACUGGAGGCUCGGAGCUCCGAACGACCACUGUCCUGCAGGUCCAGCACAGUGCAGACUGACUCGGAGGACGACAGACCUGCGGCUCCCAGUGGCUCGGACAGCAAAGACAGAGGCUUCCUGAACGUGCUGAUGAACUGCCAGUGGCAGAGCCUGCAGUGCCAGGUGGAGGCGGGGCUCCUCAAGAUGUUCGGCGUGGAGGAGGAGGAGCGGGAGGAGGAGGGGGAGGGGGAGGAGGGAGGGGAGGGGAGGAAGGAGCGGGCGCCGCAGUACACGGUGCAGCUGAGAGGCUGCGAGGUGAAGGCCGGCCCGGACGCCGAGCACUCGUACCGCAUCGCCGUGAGCCAGCACGGAGACGCCGUCGCCGUCCUGGAGGCCAGCUGUCCGGGCGACAGGGAGCGAUGGCUGCGGCUGCUGCAGGACGGAGCUGCCACUCAGCAUCACCAUGACAACAACCACACACUGGACCAAUCGGGUGGAGCGCUCAGCGGGCUGAAGACUCGCCGAUUUCCCACCUCCAACACCUACAUGGACGACCCCUUCCACCUGAGCGUGGCGGGACAGAAACAGCCCAUCUACUGCAACAGCUCCAUACUGGAGCACAUGUUCCACGACUCUCAGGACACAACACGAAGCAACUUGGCGUCGUCCAGAGACUCGGUUACCUACAGCAACACAGUGUUCAGCCACAACAGGAAGCCGGAGGUGGAGCGCGGCGUGCAGAGGCUAGAGCUCGCCGGCAAGAGGAGGGUGCAGCUGAGGGCGGGGUCAGAGACCAACCUGGCGUCUGCCGGGAAGCAAAACAAGCGCACCUCCUUCAGACAGUCGCUGGCCGUCUGCAGCGAGCGAGCUCAGGCUGGUUUCCUGAGUCCUCUGCUGCGACGGACGGCUUCGGCCAAAACGUCCCUGAAGCGAGUCCCGUCAGCGCUCUUCAUCGAACACGGCAAGGUCUUCCAGAGGAGGAAGGAGUGGGAGACCAAAGCUGCAGCUUGACCCCAGCUGACCUCACCACCUCAUCUCCACUGCUGUCCUCACAAACACCUGAAAACACCUGAGCACAUCUGAGCACACCUGAACACACCUGAACUCACCUGAA